AACGCACUCGAGAGCAAGAGUCCAUACGGCGCGAAUUCGCAGCGUUCGACGGGCAGCGCUCGCUGUCCGGAGCUCCACGAACCCAGGCAGCCGACGGAACCCAUGGCCGACGCCACGGACGACGGCGGCCUCCGCGGCAGCCUCUCACCUGAAACAUUAGCCUUCUACGAGGACGCCUUCGGGACCAUGGACCCCAUCGAUGGCCAAGUAGCACCUCAACAAUUCCUCGACCUCAUCAAAAUUGUGGGAGUGGACGCGAACAUCGACACGGCUGCCAAGGUCGUGAACGACUGCGGCGGCCUCGACUUCGACUCAUUUCUCGAGCUAGUGCAAGACUGCGAUUCGAGUAGCGUGACGGCCUUUCGAAGGAGCUUCCGGGACACCGUUACGAACCGCAUAAAGGACAUCGAAGGGCGGGAAGCCGCUGCACGGGCGCACGAACAACGCAUCGACGAGGCCGUGUCCUUCGUGAAGGCCGCGAAGCUGAGCCAGGCGACGCUCGACCACCUCAACCGGAAGUACGACGAGCUGCUGGAGCACGGUUCACCGGUGGGCGUCGAGGAAAUCGCCAAAGGGUUGCGGGACGAGGGCGACUUGGUCGAGGAGCAAGCGCGCCGGGACGCGUGGAUCCUCGUCGAGCAGGCGUCGCUGGAUGACGACAAGUCGACAGUGUGUCGGGAGGCGUUUCUGCGACAGUGCGCGGACCGGAAAGAAGGCUGGCAGUACUGGUGGCGCGGCGACCGCAUCCAGCGGGACGAUCGAGGUUUCUCCGCGGGCGGCGGCUUGGGUUUGUUGAACGACAUUGCUGAUGCGGGGUGGCGGAUCAAGAACGAGCGGCUCGCGAACAAGUGGCGGGAGGAUGAUCGGAACGAGGAAGCGAAACUGCUCGCGCGCGUCCACGAGCUCCAGGAGGAGCGGCUCGGGGGCAGUAGGAGCUAUCUAAGAUAA